AUGAACAGGAACAUCGAUUUACAGAGACCACUGAUGGAUGAUACAACAGCCCUGAGUUACUGGUUGAAUUGGAGGUUCUUCCUUUGUGGAUCAUGGGUCGUCAUUGUUAUUAUAACAGCUGGGAUUUUAAUACUCAAAUAUGAAGUGUUUAACACAAAGAGACGUCACCAACAAGAUGAUGAAACUGAACCUAUUGGGAUUCUGUAUGAGGACGAAACUUGGAAAACCUCUUUGAGAGUAAUUCAUCCUGCUUGGCUUCUUGCUUAUAGAUUAAUUGCUUUUGGUGUACUAUUGGCUUUGAUCAUUUCUAAUCUGGUAAUUGGUGGAGCUAGAGUACUUUUCUUUUACACUCAGUGGACUUUUGUUUUGGUCACUUUCUAUUUUGGGCUUGCAUCUUCACUUUCCAUUUACGGGUGUUGCCAAUAUUGGAAUGAAGUUGUUGAUGAUAAUAUGAAUGAUGUGGGUUUAGAGGAUUCUUUAAUACAAGUGAGUGUGGAACCUCAACAUAUGUCCAUGAAACUGAGUAACCAUGGAGAUAUUAGUACACGCAAGACAGCUGGCAUAUGGGCUUAUUCAUGCCAAAUUGUAUUCCAGAUAUGUGGAGGUGCUGUGGGGCUCACUGAUGGUGUAUUUUGGUUUAUAAUCUAUCCAUUUCUUGCUCCUGCAACUUACAAAUUGACUUUUUUAAAUGUUAGCUUGCAUUCUAUUAACGUUGUUCUCCUCCUCAUUGAUGUGAUUCUAAAUCGCCUACGGUUUCCAUUCUUCCGUUUAGCAUACUUUGGUCUGUGGACAUGUUCGUUUGUCGUCUUUCAGUGGAUUUUUCAUGCUUGUGUUUCAAUGAGGUGGCCAUAUCCCUUCCUUGACUUAUCAUCUUCAUAUGCUCCCAUCUGGUAUUUUGGAUUGGGGUUAAUCCACAUCCCUGUAUUUGGCAUCUUUGCACUCAUAGUUAAAUGGAAGCAGUUACUUUUAUCAAGGUUUUCAUAAAAUCUUGGAGCAUCAUGUAAAAGAAAAGAGGUGUCAAUUGUAACAUACUUGUAGUAACAUCAUUGAUUUGAGUUAUACUUGGCUAACAUGUUAGUAGAAUAGGUCAGAAGGGUUAUUGUGUUAUACUGCAUGGCAGUCUUUAAAUUAUUUUUAUUAAACGGUUAUAUUAUUAUUUGGCAUGUUAAUUAUUAUCUAUAAAGUUCAAAUGGG